UAUCCAGUGCAGCCCUAUCCAUAAUAAUUUUAGUUUUAACCACAGUGAUUGUUGAUCGUUUUUUUUUUACCGACUCGACUCGAUUCAACUAGCAUUUGAAAUGAAACAAAGUCUCACACAGACUUUUUAAAGUUUAUGAUAUGUUUUCAGUUUGUGAAUUGGCUCCGCACAGAAAUAACCAAACAUAUCUUGAUAUGGUGGUGGGGAUGCUCCCUCCUCCCACAAAACGAACACAUAUAAUUUUUUCAUAUAAUUUGUUCAUUCCCAGACAAAAUUUACCCUUUUCCACGUACGACGGGGGAAGGGGACAGGAAGGGGACCUAGCGCGACGAGAGGCUAAUCUCUUACUUACGCCACCACCACUGACGCAACUGCAUUGCUUUGAGAUCAUCGCAAAGUCGGUCGAGAAAGUAACAUAUCUCAUAGUGAUAUUCUUUACAAUUCUACUGUAUACCUCCCUAACAGCUAUCACACAAUUCUAUAACGAUCUCUAACAUUAAACAUUACUUCUAUUAAUGACCUUUUGCGGCAUUCUGGUCGUUUAUAGUUAAUUAUUGUAGACCUACUGGAUCAAUCAAACACAUUAGGCCUACUAGAAACCAUUCAACUGCGUAUGACGUCCAUUAAGAUUCUUGUUGCCAUUACCUUUGUUGACCGUCGAUAGUUGCUGAGUACAUAGGAUGUGACGAUGUCGAAGUAAACAAACUUUAUCAAAUGUUAUCAGGAUCAUACGGUUACUUCUGGUCCAGCAUUGUAACGACACUCGAUUCAGAGUCGAAACACACAUUUAGGUUGCUCAUUGUAUAUCGGAAAAGUAUCCUGUCACUAGCUUGUAGAUAUUAUGUUUUUGGUGGAUAUUUUUUCUUUCAUUUUUUAAUUGUUUUGGCGUCAGUAAAGCAUCGAAACGAAACGCAAACUGCAAGUUACAGCGCCGAUGACAUGUGCGUGAGAAAAACACAUUUUAAGGAUACGACCACUGAAGAUAUAACUCGGGCUUCCUGACAACAACUAAAGAGCUAAGAAGGUCAAUGAGCAUUUCUUAACACCGCAACAUCGCAAGUGGGCUACACCAGCCUACACUAUUCGUCUUUCGUAAUCUUACAGCUUUUGUCGAGUGUUUAAUUAGUGAUUAUCAGUACUGUGUUCUAAUAAUGGAUUAUCAACACUAAUGUCAAUAUUUGAAAGCUAUGCUUAUAAUGCUGUCUCAAGAGUUUUCUAAUAUGAACAACCCGUGAUAUUAUUACAUUGCCCAUCACAACGUGUCAUCAUGCUCAUAAAAAUGACACCUACGAUGAGUAUCAUCAUCGUGCUAAUGCUACAUUUGGUACAUUUUACAAAAUCUAGUUCAGACAAAUAUUUUGUAGACGGUGACUUGAUUCUCGGUGGGCUGAUGCCAGUUCACGACUACAACGAGACGAGUAGUAAAUGUGAAGGUAUUUUAGCAUCACCGUUCAUUAAACGUGUCGAAGCAUUUGUAUAUGCAAUAGACAAGAUCAACAAUGACUCUGCCAUUUUGCCUGGGAUAAACUUAGGCUUCGACAUCCGGGAUACAUGUUAUUACGAUGCGGUGGCACUCGGAGAAAGCGUUAAUUUUGUGCUAGACCAAGAGCAUGCAAAUGAGCGCACAACAUGUAGCCAUGGUUGCAAAAUUGAGCAAACGCCGUCACCAAGCUGUAAGAGCAUACGCAACAUCACCGGGGUGGUUGGUGCCCAGAGAAGUGGCAGCAGCAUCCAGGCAGCUACAACAUUUGGUUUAUAUCAGGUUCCCCAGAUUAGUUACCUGUCUACGAGUGAUGAACUCAGCAACAAAAUCAAGUACAAGUAUUUUCUUAGGACGGUGCCACCGGAUCGUUUCCAGGUUAGUGCCAUGAUUGAUUUGGUUCUCCACUUCAACUGGACAUACGUAUCUAUACUUUACUCUGAUGACAGCUAUGGUCGUAACGGCUACAGAGAAUUCCAACAGCAAUCAGCUGAUCGGAUAUGUUUAGCAGUCGAGGAAGCAAUAUCAGCAAGCAGUGACUUCAAUCACAUUGUUAAGAUGCUCUUGGGCAGAGGUGCAGUGACAGUCGUCUUGUUCUUGAACGUGGAAAUUGCCAAUGCAAUAUAUGAUGCAGUGGAGAGACUGAACGCAACGGGUGUCUUUGUGUGGGUGGCAAGUGACGCUGUUGGUAACGCUGGAAUUAAUGGAAUCGCGCAACACGAAGCUGCAGCAGAAGGAACCUUCACAAUGGUACCAUAUUCCAAAAGGUUACCAGAAUUUGAUAUUAAGUUCCUCAGAACCACUCCAUCGACGACGCUUAACCCUUGGUUUGCUGAGUAUUACGAUAGGCGUGUAAACUGCGAGCUGAACUGCGAUGAGGAAUGGCCUGAGGAUGACUACAAUUCCCAUGAUACUCUUGUGAUGGACAGUGUCUAUGCCUUUGCGUAUGCACUACACAACAUACAGGGCUCAUUGUGCCAUAAGGAUAGGCCACCACCGACUGGUGACUGUGUGCGAUUAUUGCAAGAAGUUUCAGGAGAUUCGUUACUGGAAGAGCUGCGAAAUACAUCUUUUGACAGUCUUGUUAACGGUCGUCUGGAGUUCGACUCCGAUGGCGACAUCUACGGACGUUAUAGGAUGAGUUACUUUCAACGUGACGUAAUGGGUAAUCUACGUGCAUAUCCCAUAGGUAUCUGGACCACUGGCGGCUUCUCUAAUCUUGACGAGGAGAACAUCGCUUGGUCAGUGAAAUCGUCAAUAAACGGCUCAGUACCACGGUCUCAGUGCAGUGAGCCGUGCAAACCUGGAUUUAAAGAGGUGCUCAUAUACGAACGAGUGCAAUGCUGUUGGAAAUGUGAAGAAUGUACUGGCUCAACAAUUGUUGAUCAAACUGGUUAUGAAUGUAUUGAAUGUAUAGAUACAUGGCCAGACUCCACGCACAUGAAUUGUUUGGAACUGGAUAAUGUAUAUGUCAGUUGGGGGAGCCAUCUUGGCUCCUUAAUUAUUGUUACAGCAUCGAUUGGCCUAGCUGCCAUCUUCGUUAUAUUUGUGUUUUUCAUUUACUAUCGAAAUGAACAGAUUCUUCAAAACUCUGAGCCUCUUCUCAAUUACGUCAUUCUAAUUGGUGUGUCUGUAGUCUUAACGUCCACUAUAACCUUAGCUGUUGAGCCUAAUGAAGCAGUAUGCUAUGCAGCACGACUUCUUCCUGGUGUGGGUGUGUGUAUGAUGUAUUCCUCAAUGGCACUGAAGAGUAUCAGACUUCAAAAGAUUUUCAAAGUCGCAUUUGCUUCUGAUUCAACCCAAAAUCCGAAGUUAAUCCAACGAUCAAAACAACUUGGCUUAUUAUUUAUAACCGUAUCAAUUCAGAUUGCACUCUCUCUAAUUUGGUUGUUUCUGCGGCCGCCAGCCGUAUUAAGUAUCCGCAAGGUGGAGGGUGACACUGCAAGAAUGGAAUAUUCAUGUAAUCUCGAAAGAAAUGAAGUUAUUACUUGUCUCACAUAUAAUUUUAUAUUCAUAACCAUAUGUUGUGCAUCUGUCUUCAAAGCACGCGAUCUUCCAGAUAAUUAUUUUGAGUCCAGAUUCUUAAGUUUUUGUUCGUUCACUACUAUCGUUAUAAUACUCACAUUUGCCGCUCCUUAUUUUGUCACUGACGAGAAAGAACUUUUCACUAAGUGUAUCUACCUAACAUGUGGUCUUAUUUUGAAUUCGUGGAUCGUCCUAAUUUGUAUGUUUCUUAUCAAGAUUUAUGCGAUUCGUUACGUUAAGCCUGAAGAAGAAACACCGAACGCACGGUUUCGUUCUUCCACAACCUUGUCGACGCGUACUCUCGUUACCUCUAUGCAAAUGCAGAAAAGAACAUGGAGUACUAAUUCAGAAGGAAGCACAAUGUAGACGCAAAUCUGAUAAAAAAAAAAUACUGGUAUUCAAAGAGGAUAAUCUUCAAGCUGACGCACACGGCCUCUCCGUGCGUAUUAUUCGUGUCCCUCUCGCGCGCCCACAACUAUCAAGACUGACGUGACUGUGUGGCGAUGAAGGACAAACUCUGAGUUGGUUAGGCACCAGUCCGAGUAGCUGAUGAGUGAAAUAUGUUAUAAUAGGGAUAAUUAUAAUGUUUCUGCUUCCGUACUUGUCGGAAAUUCAAUAAAUUGCUCAUUUAAGUAAAUCAAUUAAAAUAUGAACAUGAAAAUUAAAUAAAAACAAUUCAAUUUUCGAAAUAAAAAUAAUUAUAGUAUAAUAUACAAUUUGCGUUGAAAUAGAUCUAUAAAAAAAAAAACCUUUAAAAUUAAGUAAGUUAUUAACUUCCAUUAAAAUCAUUUAUUAAAUUUUUUAUAUUGAUUGGUUUAGGCCGAAGGCCAAGGAUAUGCCAAGCAGCGAACGUAAUCAUUAUUCGAAGAUGCAUAUCCCGUCUGAAGACAACCAUAAACACAAGGUGCUCAGCAUAAACUUUCAUGAGGCUUAUUAGAGAGUGGAGUUGUUUUGGUCGUGAGGAAAAAAAUCCUGUUACCGUUACCGUGACAGCAAUUUGAAGCGAAGCAUUUAACAGGGGCGGAUUUAGUGGGGGAGGGGGGGCGCUCCUUUUUUUAGGAGGUAAAACAAGAAAAAAAAAAGGAAAAAAAGAGAUAAAAAGAAGAAAAUGAUAGCCCAGAUUUCCUUAAAUGUUAUGUUCGGGCGUCUAGAACACAAAAAUUUCGCGGGGGCAUGCCCCGGACCCUCUAAGACAGUAUUGUCUCAAUCGGCCUAACUUUCGGCCCCACCUUUUGGACAUUUCUGGAUCCGACCCUGUCUUAGCCACUAAGCUAUUCAACUCCACUAUUUCACUAAUUUACAGUCAUAUGUAUCAUGUGUGGCGCAAGUGGGGACCCCUGGGGUUGGGCAGGACCGUCAGGGAGAUUUCCCUCUCCCCGUCACGGAGAAAAACCACAUUCGUCAGGGAGAAAAACCACAUUCGUCGGGGAGAAAAAAAAAUUAUAUGUAUUUUCUACAUAUUAUUAGACUCUAAAUUCGAUUAAAUAAGCCUCAAGAAACCCCUAGUCAUAUUUUUUUUAGGGGCUUCGCACCUUGGACCACUUUCGAGAGGUUUUGAGCGUCGUGGACCUCGGCCCCCCAUCCCUCCCCCGUCGGGCAAAUCCUGGCGCCACCCACAGUACUGACAUGAAACAUGAAAAUUAAAUAAAAACAAUUCAAUUUUCGAAAUAAAAAUAAAUAUUAUUAUUCAUAUGUUUUAUUCCUCGGUUGUCCAGUCAAUUCUUUCUUAUUGUAUUAUUAUUUGGUUCUCUCAUAUCACCGCAGACAGUAAAUGUCAAUUAUUGAGAAUUGUAAAUAAGGCUGGA